CUUGUCCUCUGUCCCUUCGCGGGGAUCCAGAGGGCGCUCGGGCCCUUUUUGGGUCCGGGCCGGACGGCCGUGGUCCACCGAUAUCGGACCCGGCGUCCUUCCGUCCACCGCGCCCCGAUUCCUAUGGGCCGGUGGCUGGCCGCGGUGGAGCCUUGCUCCCCGAUGAGCCCAUGAGCGAGCAUCCGGGUGCACCCCAUGAUUCCGUCGCAACGAUUACCGCGGCGGGUCAUGGUGGUGCCGCCCCCGCCAUCGAUAACGGCGGGUGGCAUACCGGACCCUGUGCUGUCAGGGCGCUGGUCGAUGAAGCCAUUGGGUCGGAAGCAUCCGCGCGCAUCGCCGCCGAUAUUCUGGCGAUCGCGCAGGGUGUGACCAACACCCAGGCCGACCUCGAUAUACUGAGGAACGGCGUCUCGGAUAUCACCGAAGCGCUUGAGAGCAAGAUCCGAGACAUGUGGGAGCUUCUUCAGGCCGAAUUGAGGAAAGAGCGUGAGCUGUUCAUGCAGUUUCAGGACUCUUUCCGCGAGAGGCGGAUUUCUGAUCACGAGACGCUUGAAGAUCAUUUUGCGAAGCUCACCUCGACGAUCAAUGAUCGACUUAUUGAGUUCGAUGAGCGGAUCCAUCAGUUCAACGAAAAGCGUGCUGGAUCGCUAUCCAUGCAGCUUGCCGAGACGAUCCGCCACAUCAAGCAGUACCCAGACGCGCUGCGGCAGAUUCAGAUCAAUAUCUCUAAUGCCGAAGCGCGCGUUGCUGCUGUGGAGCAGAAUGCUACUCACCGCAUCGAGGUCAUCAGAUCCGAGAUGAGUCGCGCUCUCUACGAUCACAAGGAGAGUAACCGAGCUCAUAUCGAUCAGCUGACUGCUCGAAUCCAGCACCUCGAGAACGCUCAUGUCCGCAGAGGCGGUUCUGAUAGAUCGACGCCUUCGCGUCCAGAACGAACGCAGUUCUUCGAUAUCAGUGACCAUGGUGGGGAUAUUCCACGCCCUGCGGACCUGCCGCCAGUUCCAGGUGCUCUAUUCCCUGGCGGACCGACUACGGCCAUUCCGAGGUCUUCCCUGUUGGGUCCGAUCGAUCAUGGCUCUCCGCCGGGCGAGCGCAGCAACGAGUCGCUGACGAACAACCUGCCGAAAGUCGUGGGCAAAAUUCUCCUGUUGAGCCCAUCCGACAUAAUUUCGGUCAAACGUCGGCGUGUUUUUCAGGAAGAUCGCCGAAUCAGGCCGUUCCUUCCGCAAAUGCCGCCGGAGCGACUUCCGGUCAAGCCGACCUUCCCAUGCCAAAUCUCCUAUGACACUCGAACUGUCCCGGCAGGGAAGGGGCCGUCACGAUGGUAUGAUGCGAUGCUUGGCCGAUCGAAUCUCAUUGGCAACGGCGCUGGCGUACCAAUUCUCCAUAGUGAGACCGGUACUUUUACACUUGCGCCGAACACGAGUGUUACUGCGACGCUUCAGCAUGAUGCGGCCAAUGAUGCCAUGCCCCCGAUGCCCACCUUCAGUGCCAGAACGUCCAUUCCUGCACCCAGUGCCGCGCCAUCCGGAUGUGGCGGACCGCCUCCCGCGCAUAACGGAGGCGGCGGUUAUUCUGGCGGUGAUGGCCCCAACGAUAAUGGGGGUGCAUAUGGAGGUGGCUUCGGAGGACAUGGGCACCACGGGUCCGGUCUUGGUCCCGGUGGCGGUGGUGGCCCACCCGACGGCCCACCUGGUGGUCCGCCUGGUGGUGGUGGCCCUCCUGACGGGAGUGGUCCGCCCGAUGGCGGCCUUGAUCCGCCUAGCAUCAGGCCCACCGGUCGGCCGAGCGGGAACGAUACGUUCCAGUGCGGGCGAUGCACCGGAACUUUCCCGACCAUCGUGCGACGACUGGGAAUCCACCUGGUCCCAACGAUUCGGGAUUCGGUGGACCCAGCCAAGAAGGCGAAGUGCAAGUCCUUUCGUCUCGAUCCUGAGCCGGAGCCUGCUCAGUUGCGACGCUGGAUCGUCGAUAUGAAAGAGCGAGUCGCGAAUGCAUUCGCCUACGAUCCAGGAUACGCACUAUCAUGGGUUGAGAUUCCCGAUGGUACACGGUAUGAGGAUCUUCUCGAUGAGUGCAAGUACGGAAUGCUUGAAAACGAAUGCAACUCUGCAUUCCGUGAGUGCGUCCGAUCUAUUGCACUGAAGAAUAAGAUCCAGACCGAGACCGAGCGCAUGCAUACGAUAAACCGGCGACUCGGAAGUAGGCAGAUCUUGUGGCUAUUGUAUGAUUUCCUUCGACCACAUGUUACCGGCGAUUCGACUUUCAAGCUCGUUGACCUGAUGAAGACCACGAUUGAUCGGUUUACUCAUGGAUCCGAGCAGGAAAGGUUGGAAGCCUUCUCCAAUCGGUGGGAUCAUGUUCUCGCUGGUAUCUCAGUCGAUCGCCCCGAGGAUCCUGUUCUUUGCGCUCUCUUUUAUGAGCAGGUGCGUGAGUUCCGCUGUCUCGAGCUCGACAUGCAGCUAUGGGACAGGGACGUAUCCGUACGGAACUACGCAUACUUGCGAACCGUCUGCGUCAAUGCGAUUACAACAUGGCGCCGACGACGCAACCAGGAGAAGAUGUACACCGCUACCAGGUCUACUUCUGCGCAGAGACGAUACGCUGAGCUCGCCGAGGCGCUCGUCACCCAGACGAUCCUCCCCGCGACGCGGAUCGCCAAGACGAUAUUCCCGCAGUCCGGGACGAGCAGCUCCCGCACCGACUCGCCCAAUGCAAUGACAGCGUCCUCCUAUGGAGACUUCGCCUUCGCUUGCGUUGCAUCAUUCGAUAUGGCAUGUCCGUCAGUCAAGCGGAAGACAGUAUCGUUUGGGAAUACUGAGACCCGCGUGAUAGAGUCUUCUUUCCCGGAGCCAAACUUCGGUCCCGUCAAUCGCGAGAGGAAUUUGAACUAUUCGUGGCCGGAAGAUAUCCGUGGUCUGAAUAGUGCUCGCGAAAGGCGAAGGGCGCACAUGAAGGCUGUGCUUUGGAGAGAGCAGGUUUUGCUCGAUGACGUUGAUGCCAAAACGCUAGGUAAUGAUGCUUGUGUUCUUGAGCUCACGCUUUCUCAGCGGAGCGCUUGCGAGGUCUUUGCUGCUGCUGUCAAGUCUAUUAAGAGGGUCCGGAGACUAAUGCUCGACUCCGGUUGCGGUAUAGACCUUAUUGGUCUCGGUGAUCUGUCCCGCGAGGAAAGGGACCUGAUAGUUCAGAAUGCUAAGAUCAGCCUUAGGACCGCCAAUGGGAAAACUAACACCAAAGGUGUUGCUCAUAUGCGCAUUGACGGCCUCGAUGAGCUGAUUGAAGCUUACGUGCUGGAGAGCACACCAAGUCUUCUUUCCCUAGGGAAACGAUGCAAGGAGCUUGGUUACCGAUUUAUCUGGGAACCCUUUUGUGAUCCGAUAUUCUUUGAUCCCAAAGGAAGACAACUCAAGAUUGAUGUUAUCAAUAACAUCCCCUACCUCGCUCCGAGCGAAACUGAGGUAGUCGCGGGUCGACCUGAUCUCCCUCGUGUGUAUCCGGCACUCCCAGCACCGAUCAUUAUUCACGAGAAAAUCGUGGCUGCGGGUGAAGAACCUGUGGGCGAGCUAGACGACAUUGGUGAGCUCGAUCUUGAUAUGCCUGGUGCUAAGAGUGCCCAGAAAGAUGCACCUGACGAUAUCAAGAAGGUCUUCGGCGACCUUCAAGAUGUGAACUCGUUCUCCAUGGAUGUGGAGAGAAGGUAUGCACCGUCUGAGAUCCGGGAAAUCUACUGUGAUAAAGCCCGUGAGUUCAUAUCAACCUGCAAAAGAGUCGGCAUCUCUGUAAAACAUUCCACUCCUGGCAUGCCUCGCACUAAUGCCAUUGCCGAGAGCAAGGUGAAGCUCGUCCUUCAUGGCGCACGAGUGGCGCUUCGACAAGCGGGACUGAGCGCCAAAUUCUGGCCAUACGCAUGCAAGCACUUUUGCCAUGCUCGCAACAUCGAGUUACGCGAAGGACAAAGUGCGUAUUCGCUACGAUUUAAUGGUGCCGAAUUUGACGGUCAGGUUCUCCCAUUCGGAUGUCUUGUAGACUUCUAUCCCACGCCGGCACGAAAGCAAACCCGACGUAGUCAGAAAGAUGAAGUCGUACUCGGCGAUGGUGAGGAAUAUGCCGUACCUGCGCCUGGAGAUGAUGGAUUGGUCGAAGUCGAAGUUGGAUUCGAUGAUGAUGGUUAUCUCGAGUGGAUCGACGAUGGAGACGACGAUCGACCUGGAUCCCUCCAAGGACCAAACAUGGAUCAACGCCUAUCAUCCUACCAGCGCCCCAGCAAAUUCUCUCCCACGAGUAAACCCGGUGUGUUUCUGGGUUACCACUUCGAGAAUGGGGGCAGGUGGGACGGUGACUAUAUAGUCGCCGACCUUGAAGAUUUCAAGCGCGACGCACUGCGUGCGAGCGUCCAUCAGGUCAAGAAGCUAUACUGCUCACCCAAGGAGCGAUGGACAUUUCCGAUGCUGGCUGUAUACGAUAAACAGACACGAUCAGUCUGCAUCAACGAUCCCGCGAUGCAUUCUAAUGUGCCUAAGCCAAGUGAGCGUCUUGACGCCUCCGACAUGCUCGAUCUCGAAGAUAUCGAUGAAAUCUUCGCCCUUGAUGAGUCAACGCGAAUGACCGAUGAUGAUAUUCGCCAAGCUCGCGAGGCUGAGUUACGAGCGGAGUCCUCUCAUGGAGGAGGUGUUGACUACUGGGAGUAUGACCCAUCUGUGCAUAAAUGGACGUAUCACGUCGUUGUUCCCAGAAAAGCGAUGGUCCAUCCCAGUAAGACCCCCGGUUCCGUCGGGGAAUCGCCUGAUCCAUGGAAGCUGAGCACGGUGCGUAUAUCACAUGUUCAAUACAAGGACAAAAGCCCGGUUACGAUCUAUGAGACCGGGUAUGCCUUCGGCAAAACAAGACUCAUGCAGCUCUGGACCGGCACUGUCGAAUUUUAUGAUGACGGCUAUGCCCCACCCAAGAGGAAGUUACCUCCUUACCACGGGUCGGAGAUCCUGGAAGGCGAGGGGGGUUUGCCUUAUCGUCAGAGUGUGCCGCGUUCCGAGCGGGCAUAUAUCGAUUCAGAAUCCUGGCGCAGUAUGAACCGCGCCGAACGGGAGGGAUAUGUAGAGGCUGAGCGCCGAGAAGCAGAGUCUCAUGCCAUGUCCCGCGAGGAUUCUCGCGAUGCUGCUCCUGUCGACAUCGCUUACGAUUCUGAAUAUGAGUCGGGUGCCGAACGGCAUGACAAGGAUUACUGGUAUCACGAUGUCGCAGCUGGCACGAUCACCCGAUUUCAUGUGGUCGAGCGCCGAGCGCGCUUCAACCCUACCUCCGUCAAAGAUUGUCCCGUAGACCCUACAACAUUGACCGAUGUCAGGAUGACUAUGGCCAUGACUGACGGUACCGAGUUCACAUUGCAGGACUCAUGGAGAUCAUCCGACGCUCGGUCUCUGCCGUGUCGAUGGACGGGAAAGACGGUCUUCGUUAUCGGUUCUUCCGCCAAAACGCAGAUUAAAGUUCGAACCCGUAUGCCGAACGCCGACGACACGGGGCGCCGCGUGCAGACUGCGAAUGGCUAUUAUGGACACGCAUUGCGUGCAAAGGGCCGUACUAUCGUACCUGCCAAAUCUCGCGCCUGUGUCGUUACGGAUCUCGAGUUUGAGCCCCCGGGUGGUAUGUCCGCCCGUCUUCAGCCGCUUCGCGGCAGUGGCCUCGAUGUUUGCCCGGCCAUGUACACAUACAAUGAAGGGGCAACUCAGUCCGGUGUUGACGUCCUUAAUCCUACCGACUAUGAUAUUAUAGUCGAGCCCGGACAAGACGUUGCUGUGGUUCAGUUUUACACUUCCGUUCUGGCAGCGGUUGAACUCGAUUUCACCGCAGAAGACGUGGCAUGUGAUGUUUCUGCACCGGUUGAACCAUCCGAAGACGGCCACGCUGUUGAUACAGCGUUUCCCGAGCUGACGUUUGGUGAUCGCGACACCAGUGUCGCGCAGGGCUCUGUUGGUCCUCGAGAGAUUCGCAUGAUCAAAUACGAUAUGCGAUCGUUCAUGGAACAAUGUGUUUCUCGCUAUGUUGAGCUCUGUGGCCCGAAGUAUAAGGCCACCUUGCGGUCGGCUGAUACGCCCUUCCUCGAUGAAUCACGACCGGAGUUCGAUACCAAUCCGGAUCGACCUGCUGUGAACCGCUUAUUGGGCCAUCCCGCUGACACGCCUGUGCCUCCUGGUAAGGGCGUUCUCGGCGACUGUGCAGCCGCCGUUCUGAUGAAAAUUCUAUAUGGUGCUCGCAUGGGGCGGUACGAUUUAAUCCGUCCUGUGCAGGCACUUGCCAGUCUCAUCACCAAGUGGGAUGGCUUGCGUGAUAAGGAAGGCCUUCCGAGCGGUGCGGUCGCACCGACUACGGAAAGGCCUCCUGUUCCGCCGAUUCCCACGGAGAAGGAUGAAUCCAACAUGGGUACCGAUGAAGCCCCUGUCCCGAUUCAGACCCCGAGAGAUGAGUCCACAGGGGGUGGAAAGCGCUCCGAGGACAUUCCGAUAGGAUUGAGGAUGAAGAUGAUGAUGCUGAAGAUUGGGAUUCAAGAGAUCCCACAGGCCUCAAUCUGGCAACGCCUCGAGCAGCUGACAUGCAACUCUGGGUACGAUCUCAAGCUGCACCAGCUGGUUGACUCCUUCCUCCUCACUACUCAUCCGCUUGCGGAUAAGCAGAGGAAGCAGUACCCCCAAGAGUUUAUGGAUUUCAUCGACCGAUACAGGGUGAUGUGCGCUCUUGCAUUUUCCCGAGUGGCGACGUUGUCUGGUGACGCCGCUGGGGUCCGCGAGAAAAUGGACCUUACGAUGGCGCUGGCUCGCCACUGUAUGCUUUUCCAAGCGCAAAGCUUUAAGGGAUCCCGAGAUAUGCUGAGCAACGAUACGCUCCAGCUCAUGGGAACCUGCUACAUCCCGUCGCCUCUUGCGAGCUGGAACCGAAAUCUCAUGGGAUAUAGCAGUUCGUCUGCUGAACAGCGAUGGUUGAGGACCGAUACGAGUAUCAAACACAACGACCUCAUCAAGCUGUCGCCCAUGGAGUUGUCAAGGGAGGCGGUCAGCCCGGCUGAAGCUGUGAAGUUCUUCAAGGGAUUUCUGCAGCUCAGGCCGACGCUGUCGUUCAUCCCUGGAGCGUUUCUGGCGCUCAAGGCUCUUAACCGAUUUCCCACGCUGGACUCUUUGAAAGAGCAAGCAACUCACCUCGAUAACGAUCGCAAGGAACACGGCUACGAUCUUCCUGCCGUGGACGCGAAUGGGAUCGGGGAAGCAGCCGCCUUUCGCAACGAAGACGACGAUGAGAAUACCCCGUUGAUGCGCGGGUGGGUCUCGUUCAUGAAAGCGAUGGUUGAGGCCUACCCCGGCCGGUGCGUUAGCGUCGAUGAUACGCUCAACUGGGGAGCCAGCACCCCUAUGACCUAUGAGGACGGUGCGGGGCAGACUACCAUCCGCCCGACUGAUGGAUGGGUGUAUGUCCCCGCGAUGAAUUCGGACAUAUACGAUCCUCAGGAAACGUUCCUUCACGGAACGAACCUCCGAUACCUCUGGUCGAUUCUUGCGCACGGAGGUCUAUUCGGGGAGGAUUACGUGACGGACGAUCAUGGAAGUCACGAACCCUGUGUCUGGGUGACUGGACACGCUUCCGAGGCUGCCAGUAGCUACGCGUCUGGCACAUACCUCGGAGGAGGAUACUGGUUUCAAGUGAUGAUCUGCGUCUCCCGGACUGUGGUGAACACCCACGGUCGCACGACGAAGAAGCUGGGAGGAUCCCAGAAACAGAUCCGCGUCGGAACUCGAUUCCUCGAGCUGUGCGGGAUCGCGUUCAGGCCCUUCCGCCUUCUGGAUGACCGCGAGCAAGGGGUUUCUACCUCUCCACAAUACGUCAUCCAUGGUCACCGAUUCCUUAGUUCCGACGGGACGAAAGCUGUGGCCUGGCACCCAUGGAUGGAAGCGAGCCCGAUUGAUCCUCGCAUUCUGAAGCUGCUGGGAGAAAGCGUCGCUCGCGACAGUGUUGAGUUUGCCGACCUCACGAUUCAAUGGGGCAACACUACUCAACAGGUUGCUUCCACCGAGACGGAACAAUCUAGGGCGACCGCGGCUGACGAUCAGGCUGCGGAGGGUGGAAAUGAGGAGACGGAUCGAGUCACAGUCCACUCAGCAGUGCUUCGCCGCAACCACUGGAUGCCUGACUCUCACGGGACCAGUGAACACGCCACUGUCGGUGGCAGGUAUGCCUUGCUAUCCGAACUUCAAUCCUCCAGCUACCGAUUCGAGCUUGCUCCAUUCUUUCAGCUUCGAGCACCCAUCAUGGGAGAGGACGGAAGCCAAGGUUUGCCAAAGCCUGUAAGGCUCGAGACGAUUGUCGGAGGACCCUCCAAGGAGUGGGAGGCAUGGUGCAGACACUACCGAAAGGCAUACGGUGUCAUGCUCGGGAACUUCGGCUACACGCCCGCCAAGAGCCUCAAGAAUAUCCCGUACAGCGAAGAAGGAACAACGGAUAUUGUUAGUGCGCCGAUUUGGAGCCCGGCCGAUGCACUUGUGGCCGUAUCGAUCCAUGGGGUCAGAACGGUCACGACCAUGGCCUCCACGAUUGCAUUUGGGGGUGCACCGCCAACGAUCAAGCCGGCGGUACCCAGCAAACCGCAGAGAUUCGUUGUUAUGCACGAUGGCCUGCUGUCCUUCAAGUCUGCCAUGUCUUGGCACGAUGGUGAGAUGAACGCCCAUCUGAAGAACGCGCUGACGGAUUUUGGGUUUCCUGAUUCCGAGGUGCGCGUGCAGGCGUUCGACGAGGACAACAAACUCCAGGAUAUGGUCGACACUCUCGCGAUGAUGCAGAGCGAGACCUCCAUCCCGCCAUCGAAUGUGCACGUCCUCAUCCUUUGGAGAGGAGAGGAUCUGUGGAAGAUAGACCAGGGCUGGAACAAGCUAACUGGCGAUAUCGAUAUGGCACGAUCUCAAUAUGCCAAGACGACCGCCCGGGAUGCUCUCGAGAAAUACAAUACGAUUUACGGAUCGGUGUCCCUUUGCGGUCCGGUGUCGCCGAGCAUGGUGUACCUUCCGACUCUCCCUGGCCCUCUCUUCGAGAAAUACAGAGAGGAGAUGAGAUCGAUCUGGGACGCGAUCAGGAGAUCCAACCUCCUUACCCUGUCUUUUGACGCUAUCCUGGAAGGUCUGCCAUACCUGAAGGGAUAUCAUAUUAUGCAUGAGUCCAAGACGAUUGGGGUCCUAUGUACCCGCAUUUGCUCGAUGUUCACUCUUGCUGCUCUCGCACGAUUUCCAUCUUACGGGACCCGCCGAGAGUAUGAGAUCGCUGCCGAGAAGAUGUGGGCACGCACCCCAGUCCCGGAAGAGAACUUGCCGGGCGCGGUGAAGGCCAUUGUGCACUCCACUGUGCAGGACCUCAUCGAUGGUGCAGAUCGCGGCGCCGAUCAUCAAGCCGCAGGGACUGUCGACAUGUCUCAGCUAGGUUUCGAUGAUGACGAUGAUGACGAUAUGCCUGACGACGUAGGUCCGACCGCUCCCGGGAAUCCGAUCAAACAGGAACAGGGAACAUUGGCGGAUCUACCGGGUGUUCGUCAUCCGGAUCCGAUCGAACUGCCGGCUACUCCCGUGCCUGGCGAGGCAAUGCCAGUGUCACCUGGCCUUGCUCCGACUGCCAUGAAUGAUGAAGAAUCUGGCAGCAGUUCCGAUGAGAACGAUCAGCAAGGGGAUGGUGACGCGGCAAUGCCCACAGUCAAAAAGGAGGAGUCCGAUGAAGAGUUCAAUGGGCUUCUCGAAGGAAUGACUGAGGAAUUCGCGAAAAUGCCCGCUCCUCGAGAUGCCGAGCGAACUGUCGCUGCCAAUCGGGACGCUGCACGACCGCCUGCCGUGCCUUCGAUUCCUCUCUCUACGAUGAAGAAGCCGAAGCCGGUUGGUGGCGAGGAAGCCGCGGGGCCCACCGCCGAAAAUCGACAAGCUUAUGCGCACUUCGAGAGCCAAGUCAGUGAAGCUGAAGCUCGCCGCGAGCAAGCUGCGGCAAUGAAGGCGCAUAUCGCUGAAGUGGCAAAGGGCGCCGCCGGUGUUGAGAAUGCCGAACAUCUUCGAUCCAUUGCCGAUGGGCUAGCCAAGGUCUUGGACCCGAACAUGAGCGACGACAACGUGUUUCAGGGUGCCUUGUAUCCACCGGGUGACUAUGCGCUUGACGCUGUCACGAAUCGACUGGCUCAAGGCAGACGUCGGGUUGAAUCGAACAGCAAUCUCAUCAGGGAGAUGGCCAGCGACCGAUUCACGCCUGUGCUCAUCAACCGAGACACUGGUGAGACUGUGUCUGCCAUCGAUGCACGAUGGACUCCAGAGUAUGGAAACAGGGGGGAGCUUGAAGCUAAGGUUGGUGCGAUCAUUUCCAACCUGGAUGCAGUGGUUGCAAGCAUGUCAACCCUCCCUGUGUUCCAUCCGCACAUUCCGUCGACGUAUGGUAUGGCUCGAUCGCUUCUCAACACAUACCAGUCGUUGCAGAUUGCCAUCCGACACCGUGGCAUGGGUGCGAUGUCCUUUGAGCAGAUGGUAUUCAAACCAGAGGACCUUGAGGUUCCGACCCCCGAUGAUUGGCCGGACCUCAUCGCGCCUACUCCUGGAAAAGUCAUUCAAUCCAUGCGGGUGGCCCUGGUGAACAACACGGCGGCAAGGUUGACGAGAGAGGACCUCAAGCUGCCACCAGGCUUCGCCAUGCAACGACGAGUGACUGAGUUCCGUAAGCCGGAGGAAGAUCCAGUGCAGAGCCUGAUGGGGCUCACCGAUGACUUGAGCUACGGCACUACUGGUCGAUCUGGGGAUGACAGAUUGUCCCAGUUCCAGCGUAGUAUGGCAGUACAGCUGCGGAACACUGCUGGAUUCCUUGCGAGUGAGUUCCAGAAGCAUGCCCGAUCUAUUGCCGCUUCUUCCUCGCGUCGCAGUGAUGCUUCAGGUGCCCUGAGUAGCCAGGGUGAUGGCGCGGCGGACAACGAUCUUCCGUCCACUGAACAGGUUAGUGUUGCAUCUGAGCGCGCGUUUGCGCCGCCUCCGCCAAACGUGGCUCCUCCUCCUCCGCCUACUGCGGCAGCACCUCCGAGGGCGUCCGAAGAGAGUGCAAAGGAGGAUGACGAUGAUACCAAAAUGGAUGAUGACACGGCCGGUCAGAAACCCGAGCAGAAACCCGAGGAGGACGCGGAUAUGGGUAGCGGGAAGGAGCUGCAAGACGAGGUCCCCGGCAAGGGAGCCGCGCUCUCCGGUGCUCGAGGACCGGAAGUCGAUAUUGAUCCGGCCAGCACCACAGCCGAUCAGGCCGCAAAUGAUCCGAGAAACUGCCGGAUCGAGGGCCCUGGUAUCAAGGCGACAACGAUUCAUCGCCCUGAUCAGCUGCCCGAAAGGGGUAUUGACUCCAUUGCGCCGAUCGUGCAGUACGAAAUGACGUCUGUCCCGAUUGCACUGCCAGAUUUCGUCGUUCCGGGACUCGACAUGGGCAUCGAUGACUCCGUCCAUGGUCGAUUGGUCUCUGCGACCUGUCUUCCACCGACUGACGAGCAGCGCAAGUAUUCAAGACGCCGAUUUGCUAUGCUGUCCUCGAAUCAGACAGUGUACUUGGGUAUGGCGCUUCACAAGAAACCGCUUAAAGGAGAACACGAUUCUUUCCUCCGACCGGAGUCUUAUGAGGACUGCCGCGAGAUCCAUGAAGCUGUCCGAGCCUACAAUGCCAAGGAGGCGACAUACCGAUCCAUCGGCGGAACAUCAGUGUCGUGCAGCCGAUUGCUCAUCGAUGACGCACAAAAUAUCCCUGCCGCCAGGAUUCCAGACGCAGGCAUGAUCAGUUUGGUGCGUAAGCUGCUGUUCCGAGUGCUGACGCAAACAAAGGAGCGUCCAUCCUCGACUGCCGCCGGAGCACAGAACCGCCCCCAGGACAAAGAGAGGGGCGUCCCAUUGUAUUCAUUCCUCGACCAGAGUGGCAUCAUCGCUUUCGAUGUCAUUCCGAUGUACAUGGAACGCGAGAGGGAAUACAUGAAGGCCAACGCUGGCGAGUUCAGUGGCCGGACGCUUCUCCAGACUAGCAUUCUGGACGAUGACGAUAAGCCGAGUGAGCUCACCGUCCGAUGCAUUUCGGAAAUUGCUCGAACGGACAACAACCGAAUGUUUGAGUUCUUCUACUCGACAAUCAACGACGAUGGAAGUCCUCAAUUUGUUGGCGUCCGAGCAACCUAUGGUUUCGGUCCCGAUAACUUCAACCGAUUCCGAUUGCUGAUCAAGUGUCAGCACGGGCCAUUCACUCAGCUCGCUCAAGAACAUUACGUCAAUGGUGAGAGGAAACGAAAUGUGGCCCGAUACCAUCCCCAGUACGGAUGGGGAUGCGCAACGAUUCGCGAGUUCUUCGGAUACAUGAACGAUUGCAAGCUCAACCCCCCAAAGGGGCAGCUCUUCCUCACACUGCUCCCGUAUGCCCCUGGAUCUGGGAAGAACAACGAGUGGGAAGAGAUGUACAUGAACGUCCGAAUGAACCCGGGACGUGAGACGCUCUCGAACACCGCGUCAUCACAAAGCAUGCUCCCCGAAGGUAUGGGAUCCAACCGCAUGAUUGUGUUCGCGAUUGAUUUGCACAUGAUUGCAGCAGGUAUCAAUCCGAUUGCAUUCCAUCCGAGAGGGUACUAUGCGAUCAAGGACAGUAUCCCUCUCGCAUGUAUGCCGAUUGCAUACUUCAUGGAUACGGGAUCUCUAGUGUUCAACACGGCCUUCAAAUACAUCGGAGGCCCGAAGUUUGGCACUGGACCCAAAAGGGGAGACCACAGACGAGAAACGUGGCCACUCGCUAGCUUCGACUGCCCCAUGUGCGGAGCUUCAUUCCCUGUUGGUCUCCACAUGUGUCACUCUUGCACUAAGCCGAUUCACUAUCCUGAUGGGAUGUUUUACGCCGAUCCUGUGAACCCCUUCCAAGUUGAAUAUUACGGGAGCCAUGCUGAGUGGCUCAAUGAUCUGAUCGAGCGUAAUAAGCUUACCGAAUUCCAGCUUCACGAGUUUCCUGCGAUCAAGCAGCUGAGGAAUUUCCCGGUGUCUAGGUCUCUCGCUGAGGACCAUAGGCAGACCGCAUUCUUCGGAGUGCCACCGAUCAAGUGCACCGCUGCUGACACAUCGCCGAAGGAAGUGGAACUGUUCAAGAGAAGCGUGCGCGGUACGAUUCAGGGCGCCAUUCGCUUGGACAUUUCCAUUGAGAGGCUUGUUGCCGGUAUCACUGGCAAGGAAGCUCGAUGUGGAGUAGAAGACUUCUUCAAAUCACAGUCGAUCGCAUGUGCUGCCACGAUAGUCAAGCACUUUGGAGCGGUCUUCGCCACAUGUCGCGAAAAGCCGUUGUGCUACUAUGCACGUUGGUCGAUUCACUGCCAGCGCGCAUAUCGAAUCUGCCUGUCGCGAGGGUAUCUAUCCCCCUAUUACACAGGUGUGACGGUCGAUUAUACCGUCGACCAAGAGAUGGCAGAAAAGAUCCGACUUGCUCAUCUGCCCUUGCAAAACGCCAAUCUGGCGAUGAGGCGGCACAUUCGACUCUCCACCGAGUUUGGAACGUUGGAUGAAUUCCGUGCCACUAUCACGGAUACGCAAAAGUAUCAACGAUAUAUGCGUGUCGACAGUGAGAGCCUUUCCGCGCUCCUGGCCAAGGUUACCCUUACCACAUGCUACGGCAUUCCGGCAAAAGGUGAGCCUGGCUAUAUCUCUGACGAUGAAGCAGAAGAGAUCGAAGGAGCCGCAGCGGCAAGCGAGAAGCCCAAAGGGAAAGGCAAAGGGGAAGACGAAUCCAACGUCCAAGCCAUCAACUGGCGUGAGUUGGAUCCCUUAGGACGGAAGCUUAUUCCGCAUCACUCUGAUCCCCGAUUCACGAUUAUUGCUGAGGGGAAUACGGCACUCCUUGAUGCAGCCGAGACGCCGGAAGAGACGCGUAAGGAAUUCAAGGAGUUCGUUCGCGAUCACUCUAUCAAGAUCAAAGAAUGCUUUGACGAUGAUCGUGCGACAGAGAAGACAUUCUUCAAUCUUGUUGAAGGUGUCAAGGAUCAGCUUCCCGAUGCAAAUAGCACUGACCCGCUUCUGAUGAAAAGGGCUGAGGACGUCUUCGAGGCUCUCCCCGAUGAACUGGAUGAUCCUCCAAAUGUGAUCGAUGUUGCGGCUCGCCAGGCACGGCGGAGAGACCCUGCACCUCAGCGCAGAGUGCAGGUCACCGAGCAAAGACAAGCGCCAAUCCCCGAGGCUCAUGCCGUUCCCAUUCCUACAGAUGACGAGGAUGAGGAUGAUACUGAGCUCGAUCGAGCAGUACGACCCGAUCCAACAUUACAGCGCACCGGACGAGAACAUCACGGAGGUGUCGCUCCCGAGACGACUCCGCCACCGCAUCAUAACAUGCCGCCGCCAUCAAAUUUGCCGACUCGAAAAUCACAUCGGCAAACAGGCUACGGAGCAGCCCACCCUGAUGGAGAACCGUUAAUGGUGUCGGGGAGGGCAGAAUACUCCGAUCGAAUGCGGUUGCCCUCAGUGUUGCGAAUGAAGACUCGGAUUCCGGAGUCGGAUCUGGAUAACCCGACGAUUGAGGACAUCAUUCGCAUGUACCAUGCGCCGAACACGCUUUCCAUCAUCAGGAACAAAGCCGCAGCCGUCAUCAUCGCGAUGGGCGCAAAUCCCGAUGACGAUAUUAAUAUGAGGGCGGCUGGCGUUACUGUUCCCCAUACCGGGAGUACGGGGACGGGGCGAGCAGCGUCGCCUGGAAGUACGUCCGUUGCUCCUGUCUCGGCACCUAGCGUUCGCACUGCGUCGAAUCCGCCAUCGAAGUUGCCUCGCGACGAAAAGUGGGCUCCCUCGAUUGCGCGACCAGCGCCGGCUCAGGUGAUCAGAAGUGCAGAAGCACGGGGACGCACGCAACAGCGUGAUGCUGAAGAAACGAGUGCUGCUCCGCCAGCUCCUUCCGAUACUGCCUCUUCGGAGCCGCGAUCUCGAACGAUGGGCCCAGCCAAAGAGAUCACGGCUAAGGGCAAAUCCCGAACCGGAUCCAACGUGACAGGCCUCAUCGAUGAAACUGAUGACACGAGGUUGGCCGUCAAAGCAGACAAAGGAGUAGAAGAAGAAAAAGGGAGAAGUGCGGCGCGAGUGGAGUACCACAUUCGGAGAUUCGCCAAGAGCGAGGAUCCCGAAGAGCAUGGAGAUGAGUAUGUUGAUCUCGACGAGACACAGCUGUUUCUCGAAGAAAGUCGAGAGUUCCAGAGCAAGUGGAACGAGAAGGUGUGUGAGACAGAAGAGGACCUAACGGCGAACUUGGCUUCUCUGGAAACUACUCAGCAGGUGUGGGACUUUGCCCACCGGUGUUUGAAGGACAGCCACCUCAAGGAAGUUUUUCGGUACUUUGCAGUUGACGACGUGUGUGACGAAGCAAUUCCUGAAGCCUUGAUACACAACACAGUCUUUGCGACAGAGGAGCGCGAUUUGGAAGCUUUCAGUUUUUCUACAGGUGCUGCUUCGAGUGAGGCCGCGUUCUCCGAACUGCAGGCCCCUCCGGACCAGCCGAUUGAUUUGCAAAGGAGCUCACAGGCCCCUCUGGAGCCACCGCCUGAGCGCAAGCAUUUGAUUGCUAUGACUGCUGCCGACCUGCGAGUCCUCAUGCAACGCAUGUCAGAGGCUACACAAGCUGCCAGUGCAGCUGCUCAAGCAGCCGCUUUUGCAAGCGCUGCUCAAGGUUCCCGACCUAUGGGAGUUGGAGACCUUACCAAGGUUCUGCCGAAGCCGGAUCCCUUCCGGCCCACUACGCGUGAUGAGGAGUUUGCGCAAUGGCCUCAGUGGAGCUGGACGUUCGAACAGUAUUUAUCAUGCUUGGAACCUGAGUUCAGCAGUGAGCUUCGUGAUUAUGGCCGUCAGCAGACAGCAGUGAUCUUGAGUUCUUUGGACGAGAGUGCCAAGCGGCGGUCUCGGCUACUGUACGGCAUGCUGAAUUGCCUACCUAGGACCUAG